AUGGCUACACUCGCGGACGAGUUGCUCAACGACUUCGAAGAUAGCGGAGAUGAGAACAACGAUGUCGAGAACGGCUUCGGCGAGAACGAGCAAGAUGGUGACAGUAGCACGGCCCAAAAAGAACCUUAUGGGCUGGAAGUUGAUGCCAACGAGGAUGCAAUGUCAGAAGACGGUGCUGCAGAUGCAGAUGAGAUUGCGCGCAUAAAAGCAGAGGCAGCCGAAGAUGAAGAUGAAGACUCAGAGGACGAACUUGUGCGGAAGUCGAGGGUUGAGAAGAUGCAGCUUAGCGGACCCGUGCUAGACCAGAUCUCAUAUUACCAAAAUCUACCGCCUGAGAAACGGCUUGCCAAUAUAGGUUCGAUUGAGGACGACCCUGAGUACAAACUACUCACCGAAUCAAAUUCGCUAUCUACCCAGAUCGACGGCGAGAUUGUACUGGUACACAAGUUUAUACGUGACCAUUACAGUAAGAGAUUCCCAGAGCUCGAAACACUGAUAUCGAAUCCUCUCGACUACGCGAGGACAGUGGCAAUCAUCAAGAAUGGUCCUUUGAAGAAUAUAAAAUCGCUUGCUACCUCCCGUGAGAACAUAGUUGGCACACCUUUACAGGCUAUACUGGAUGGACCCACGCUCAUGGUCGUGUCGGUAGAAGGCACUCAGACCAAAGGACAAGAAAUGAGCGAGCCAGAACUACAGACUGUCCUUCGCGCUUGUCGAUUAAUGCUCGACCUCGACAAGGCGAAAACAACUCUUACAGACUACGUACAAUCGAGGAUGAACAAUUUCGCUCCCAACCUAACUGCGCUUAUUGGUUCUCUGACGGCUGCGCAGCUUCUCAACUUUGCUGGUGGACUCAAAGGGCUGGCAAAAACGCCAGAUCGAAACAUCCCAGCUAUGGGCUCGAAAAAGCAGCGGCAAACGGGUCUUGCUACCAAUGUAGGACUACGUAAGCAAGGAUUUCUGUACUAUAGUCCUCUGAUGCAGGACAUCGCAAGUGAUCUGAAAGUUCAAGCCAUGCGAAUCAUUGGUGCUAAGAUUGUGUUAGCUGCACGAGUCGACAGCGUACACCAGUCUCGAGAUGGCUCGAUGGGUGAGAAACUGUAUGACGACUGUGAGAGAAGACUGGACAAGCUCAGAGAGCCACCUCCGAACCGAGGCACCAAAGCUUUACCAGUACCAGAUGAUAAGCCAAGCAGGAAGCGAGGUGGUCGAAGAGCUCGGAAAGCUAAGGAAGCCACAGCCAUGACAGAUCUGCGAAAACAGCAAAACAGAAUGGCUUUUGGGAGGGAAGAGAAAGAGGUUGGAUUUGGCGAAGACUCAGUGGGUCUCGGCAUGAUCGGACAAGGGAACGAUGGCCGGAUUCGUGCUGCUGGUAUCGACAAGAGGACUGCUGCGAGGCUCAGCAAAAAGAAUCCAGGCUGGGGAGGGUCAGGUCUACAGUCCAGUUUGAAUACUGGCAUGGCAUCUUCGCUGAAAGGAUUCGGAUCUGGAGUGGGCGCAGGAAAUGCCACUACGUUACGAGCACAAGGACUACGUACUUCUGGUGUCAAUGCGGCCUCGGGUACCGCAUCCUCACUCACUUUUGGGGCUGCUCAAGGUAUUGAGCUGGUUGAUCCGAAAGUGCAAGCAGAACUGAAACGAAAGCGAGAGGCAGAAAAUGCUGGGUAUUUCUCCGGCGGCACGUUUUCGCAGAUCAACACUGGAGGCAAGACAGAUGCUGCUGGGUUUAAGGUGCCGACUUUGCCACCAGUCAAGAAGGUCAAUACUGGCAUGGGACCACCAUCAGUGCCUAAGGGUUGA